CCCUCCCGCCCCUCCCUCCGCAGGUCCGGACCUGUCGCUCACGAGAAAGAAAGAAAGAAAGAAAGAAGGAAAGAAAGAAAGAGGCAGAAAAAGGAGGAGGAAAGGGAGGCGCCACUGCCCCGCCCGCCCCGUCGAGAGAGAGAGAGAGAGAGAGAGAGAUUGAGAAAGAGGAGGAAGAGGAGGCUUGUGCUGCUGCUGCUGCCUGGCCAUGGCUGCGGGUCUGGGGUCCUUCCUGGGGGUGGCCCUCCUGCUUCUGGCCUCGGGAGGGGCGUCGGUGCCGCGGCUGAGCCUCCGCUUCGACUCCCCCCAGAGGCGAUUGGGACGUUUUGCUAUGCCGGGGACCACCAACUUCACGGCCCUGAUGCUCAGCCCGGAUGGAAGCCGCCUCUAUGUCGGAGCCCGCGAAGCACUCCUGGCCCUCGACACCAGCGCUUUUUCCCCGGGGACACAGCACCGGAAGCUGUCAUGGGAGGCCGAGGAGGAGAAGAAGCGCCAGUGCGUUUUCAAGGGCAAAGAUCCCCAGAGGGACUGCUACAACUACAUCAAGAUCCUCCUGCAACUGAACGAGACCCACUUGUACACCUGCGGGACCAGUGCCUUCAGCCCCACCUGCGCUUACAUUAAAGUCCCAGACUUCAGCUUGGUUCGGGAAACAUCUGGGCGGCUGGUGCUGGAGGACGGGAAGGGGCGCUGCCCGUUUGACCCUGAGUACAAGUCUACCGCCAUCAUGGUCGAGGGAGAGCUCUACACGGGGACCGUCAGCAACUUCCAAGGCAAUGAGCCCUCCAUCCUCCGGAGCCACGGUAGCCGGCCGGCCAUCAAGACAGAGAACUCCCUCAACUGGCUACAAGACCCCUUCUUUGUGGGCUCUGCCUUCUUACACCAAAGCCUCCCGCCCAUCAACGGAGAUGAUAAUGGGGAUGAUGACGACAAGAUCUACUUCUUCUUCAGCGAGAGCGGGAAGGAGUUUGACUUCUUUGAAGACACCAUCGUCUCACGCAUUGCGCGCGUGUGCAAGGGCGAUGUGGGGGGUGAGCGGGUGCUGCAGCGGCGGUGGACCACRUUCCUCAAGGCGCCCCUACUCUGCUCACACCCCGAGGACGGCUUCCCCUUCAACYUGCUGCAGGACAUGUUUGUCUUGACCCCUGGCCAGGACUGGAGGAAGACUAUCUUCUAUGGUGUCUUCACSUCCCAAUGGGACAGGAAGGGGGCCGGGGGUGCGGCCGUGUGCGCCUUCUCCAUUUCGGAUGUGGAGAAGGCCUUCAAUGGACUCUACAAGGAGGUCAACCGGGAGACGCAGCAGUGGUAUACGGAUACCCGCCCCGUACCAGAGCCCCGGCCUGGAGCAUGCAUCAACCGCCAGAUGAAGAUCGCCUCCUCCCUCCAGAUGCCUGACCGAGUGCUCAACUACCUCAAGGACCACUUCUUGAUGGACAGCGCUGUCCGGAGCCAACCCCUCCUCCUGCAGGGACACUCACGCUACCGGCAGGUCUCCGUCCAGCGUGUCCAGGGCCUGCACCAGGCCUACGAUGUCCUCUUCUUGGGCACAGAGGACGGCCAGCUCCACAAAGCUGUGGUCGCAGGACAGAACCAAGUGCACCUGAUUGAGGAGAUCCAGCUCUUCCCCGCUGGGCAGCCCAUCCUGGAGCUGCUGCUGGACGCCACUCAGGGCUUCCUCUAUGCCGCCUCCUACGCCGCCCUGGUGCAGGUCCCUCUGGCCAACUGCAGCAUGCACCGUACCUGUGGGGAGUGCAUCCUGGCCCAGGACCCCUUCUGCGCCUGGAGCGGAAGUGCCUGCCUGCCCUUUGCCCCGGACUCCCAGGAGCCCCACUCAGCAGCCUCCUGGGUCCAGGAUAUUGAAAGUGUGGAUGCUGUGAGUCUCUGUCCCGAAACCAGCGGGAGGUUCGGCAACUCAGCAGAGCCCCAGUGCCAGCGGGUGCUCCUUCGCCCCAACGCCGUGACGCCAUUGCACUGCCCGCCACUCUCCAACCUGGCCACCCGGCGCUGGGAACGGGACGGGUUGCCCCUCAAUACCUCCUGGCUGAUGCUGCAGGAUGGAGGACUUGUGCUGGCAGGUGGCCCAGAGCAAGCUGGCCGCUACGAGUGCUGGUCCUUCGAAGGGGGCUUCCAGCAGCGGACGGCCAGCUACUGUGUGGAGGCGGGGCAGCCGUGGGUCUUCCGCAGCCCGCCAGACACCGUCAGCACAUCGAGGAGCACCUCAGCAGAGGCAGCAGGGCUCUUGGACGACAAGACCUACUGGACCGAGUUCCUGGUCAUGUGCGCCCUCUUCAGCCUCGUCGUGACGCUGCUUGCGCUCUUUGCACUGCGCCGGCACCACGGUGCCAUGAAGGCCUUUCUGAAGCAGGGCACCUGCUCCCGCACGCAUCCCAAGGCCAAGGCGCCCCCCGAGAGCCUGCCUCUCAACGGUGCCACCGCCCCCAGCGCCCUGCUGCCGGACCACAAGGGCUAUCAGGCGCUCGACAAUAGCCAUGCGGCCAGCAGCCCGGCUCAUGCUGUUCCCGGUCCCCCGACCAUGGCCUUCCUUGAGUCCAGCCAGCGCCCGCUAAGCAUGCAUGCGAGCGUUGUGGAAGUGUCGCCGCCUUCCCAGCGGCCCCGCGUGCGCCUGGGAUCAGAGAUCCGGGACUCUGUGGUAUGAGGCUGAAUAGCGGGCUUGUUGGCAUGCUUUGUGGGUAUUGUGUCAAAUGACUAAACAGAGAGACCUUCCUGUGCUGAGCCUUCUGCAGAACCAGCUCUGGGGACUCCUCCUCCAGAACUGCCUCAGAAUGGGCAGUGGAGCCCCAGUGGUGCUGGGAGACCCUAUAUGUCUUUGGAGGCUCUGGGUUGUGAAGGUAAAGGCAUUGGUGUAACAGGGCACCACAGAGCUUUCAACAGAAGGCAAGACUUCCAGCUGUUGCCACUGUGCCCACCUGAGAAGGCAGCACUGUGGAAUGAAACGCACAAUUUGGCUGACUUUUUGCAGGCCAACCUGACUGACUUGCAGUUCAAAGGGGAGAUUAGAGGUCUCGGAAGCUGCACCUGUGGGACCAGCACCCCUUUCUUGGCCCGUUCAAGGAACUGGACUCCAAAAGGCAAGGAGAGCGGGAUCAGCUCCUGUUGGGCUCUGAUGGGGCAGCAGUCAGACAUUUGGGUGUCCUUGUCUUCGUACUGUCUGUACAGGAGUGGGAAAGCGGGGCCAGGAGAUGGAGGAAACCUUUCUAAGGCAAGACCACUGUGACCCCCACCGCAAAAUACUUCAUCAGUAUGGAGUGCCAUCACAACCAUAUCCCCCUCCCUUUGGUGCACCUCCACAAGUGGUGUCUGUGUUUAUUUGUGUGGAUUUUUACAUAAAAGUUGACCCGUC